AGUCGGGCGGCCCCAGCCCACCGGCCCUCCCGCCCGCGAUGUGGGGACGCUUCCUGGCCCCGGAGGCCGGCGGCCGAGACAGCCCGGGCGGAGCCCGCAGCUUCCCAGCGGGCUCAGAUUAUUCUUCAUCCGCAUGGUUACCUGGUAGUGAAUCAUUGUGGCAGGCAGCUGUUCCAUCCAACCAUCGAAAUAACCACAUCAGGAGACAUAGCAUAGCUUCUGACAGUGGUGACACUGGCAUUGGAACUUCCUGUUCUGACAGCGUGGAAGAUCACUCAACUUCAAGUGGCACAUUAACUUUUAAGCCUAGUCGGUCAUUGGUUACUCUUCCUACUGCCCAUGUCAUGCCGUCUCACUCCAGCGCUUCAGUUUCCAAACACAGGGAAUCCUUGACAUCAGAUGGCUCGAAAUGGGGUGCAAGCCUCCUGCAAACAUUGGGAAACAACAGUAGGGGAGAGCAGGACUCUUCACUAGACAUGAAGGACUUCCGGCCCCUCCGGAAAUGGUCAUCUUUAUCCAAACUCACCGCCCCCGAUAACUGCAGUCAGGGUGGCACUGCACACACGGAGGAGUCAAGCAGUUGUCUGGAAAAGACGCGGAGAGGCAAGGCUUUCACAUCACAACCAAGGACACUGGGGCCUAGCUGCUUACAUGAUAGUAUGGAGAUGCUUAAGCUGGAGGACAAGGAAAUGAGUAAAAAACGAUCAACUCUGGACUGCAAAUAUAAAUUUGAGAGCUGUAGCAAAGAGGAUUUUAGAGCUGCUGCUUCCACUCUGAGGAGACAGGCCUUAGACAUGACAUACAGUGCCUUACCUGAAAGCAAGCCCAAUAUGACAAGCCCAGAGGCUUUGGAACCUCCGAAAUAUUUACUGCUUGGUCAGCAGGCAGUAGGUGGAGUACCCAUUCAGCCUUCUGUGAGGACACAGAUGUGGCUUACAGAGCAGUUGCGGACAAACCCUUUGGAAGGUAGAACUACAGAAGACUCCUACAGUUUAGCUCCUUGGCAACAGCAACAAAUUGAAGAAUUUCCACAAGAAAGUGAAACACCAAUGCAGGUUUUGACUGAAUCAUCUCGUCAAAGUUACUCACCUUCUGGCUAUCAGGAUUUCACAAAGUGGGAAUCAGUGCUGAAAAUAAAGGAAGGAUUACUAAGGCAGAAAGAAAUUGUGAUUGAUCGGCAGAAGCAACAAAUUACCCACCUACAUGAGCGGAUAAGGGAUAAUGAGUUACGGGCACAACAUGCCAUAUUAGGACACUAUGUAAAUUGUGGGGAUUCUUAUAUGUCUAAUUUGCAGCCACAAUAUGAGAACUCUUCACUCCAGUCUCCAUUUUCAGAUCGGUCAGUGUCCACUUCCCAGCAAGAGGAACUUGAGCAAAAGCUUGCAUCUACUGAGAAAGAAGUCUUACAGCUUAAUCAGUUUCUCAAACAAAGAAUGAGCCAAUUUAAUGAAGAGAAGAAGAAACUAGAGGAGAAGCUUAAAACCAGAGAUAGAUACAUCAGUAGCCUGAAAAAGAAGUGCCAGAAGGAAUCUGAACAAAACAGAGAGAAGCAGAGAAGAAUUGAGACCUUGGAAAAGUAUCUGGCUGAUCUUCCAACCCUAGAUGAUGUACAGAGUCAGAGUCUACAGCUGCAGGUUCUAGAAGAAAAAAACAAGAAUUUGCAAGAGACUUUGAUAGAUAUGGAAAAAAAUCUUGAAGAGAUUAAAAAACAGUGUCAAGAGAAAGAGACACAGCUAAUGUGCCAGAAAAAGAAAGAAAAGGAGUUGGUAACUACAGUUCAGAGUUUGCAGCAAAAGGUAGAAAGAUGCCUUGAAGAUGGAAUUCGCCUUCCUAUGUUAGAUGCAAAACAGCUUCAGAAUGAAAAUGAUAACCUGAGAGAACAAAAUGAGAAUGCUAAUAAGAUAAUAGAGAGCCAACAAGAUGAGAUUGACAGAAUGAUUUUAGAAAUUCAGUCUAUGCAAGGGAAACUUUCCGAAGAAAAACUAACUACUCAAAAGAUGAUGGAAGAGCUGGAAAAGAAAGAAAGGAACCUACAGAGAUUAACAAAAACAUUGCUUGAUAACCAAAGACAAGCAGAAGAGACAUGCUCUGUAUUGGAUCAGGGCCAGGAAACAGACCAGUCCAGGCAGCAGGCGGUUCUUCCCAAACGACCACUAUUUGAUUUGAGUGUGAUUGACCAACUGUUUAAGGAAAUGUCUUAUUGUUUAUUUGACUUGAAGGCACUGUGCAGCAUUCUUAAUCAGCGUGCCCAGGGCAAGGAGCCUAAUCUUUCAUUAUUACUGGGAAUCAGAUCACUGAACUGUUCAGCUGAGGAGACUGAGAAUGACCACAGCCAAGAAUCACUCACUAAAAAACUGUCAGAUGUUUGCCAGUUACGGAGGGACAUUGAUGAAUUAAGGACUACAAUAUCAGAUCGCUAUGCUCAGGACAUGGGAGAUAACUGCAUCACUCAGUGACAAGUGUUGGUCCCACAGCAAUAAUGACCCAUUCUUAAAUGCUGCUGUGUUCUUCACAUUUCUUUUUAGGAGCCCUGGGGUCUAUGGCUACACCACCCUGGACGCACCCGAUCUCGUCUGCUGUCUGAAGGAGCCGUGUUGGAGAGUUGCAAGUGACAUACAACUUGCACAUAGGAUUUUUUUCUGUGGAUUUGUUUUGUUGGGGAGAAAGAAGAUGUAAGGUGGCCCCAAGAAAACAAAACAAAAAAACAAAAAAAAAAUCUAAUCAGGACAAAAAAUCAAAUUACCAUUUGAAAAAUGUGAUGAAGUGUUUAAGAAAAAACAUUCUGUAUUCUCAAACUACUGAUUGUAGGACCAAGCUGUGAAGAGUGCCCUUCAGAUAGAGGGGGUGGGAUUACUUCUUACCUUAUGUUCUUUUGUGUGUGUGCGUGUUUGUGUGUGUGUGCAUGUGUGUUCACAAAAUGGUAAGGAUUUCUAGGGUCAAAGCAAAGCUUCUGGGAAGAGCACACACUGUUUAUUCUUGUAUUUUUUUUUU